GUUGAGACCAUCAACUACUUAGAUAAUUGGAUCGGAAAACGUGCAUCGUUUUGCGCAUCCUGGUGUUCCACUUCGCGACCGGAUCCGCAUCGUCACCCAGAACGUGGCUGCCGAAAGAGGAACUCCAUUGUAUCCGCCAGGCAAGCAAAAUGGAAACGCAGCAGGCAACGCACAGGCAUCCGGCAGAGCUGGAGCUGUCUCGCGGCGACCGACAACAGCUAG